AUGUACUCUGUGUGUACUCUGGGGGUACUCUGUGAAGUCUGUCAUGUGCGCUUCAUAGACUAUGAAUACUCCAGCUACAACUAUCAGGCCUUUGACAUCGGGAACCACUUCAACGAGUUCGCCGGAAUGGCAGAGCCUGACUUUGGGCUGUAUCCGAGCCGUGAGAUGCAGAUGCAGUGGCUCAGAGUUUAUCUUCAGGCGUUUAAAGGAUUCACAAACAAGAACGAGGAGCUCAGCGACAGAGAAGUGGAGACGCUGUACGUGCAGGUCAACAAGUUCGCUCUGGCAUCUCACUUUUUCUGGGGAUUUUGGGCCCUGAUCCAGGCCAAGUACUCCUCCAUCGACUUUGACUUUCUCGGGUAUGCUGUUCUACGUUUCAACCAGUACUUCAAAACCAAGCCGACGGUGAUGGCGCUCCAGACUCCAGAAUAA